AUGGAAUCAAACAGAGCAUCACUUAUCCGCAAAACGUAUCAGACUUUGGAAUUCUUCCACCGCAAACCCCAGGUUCCGCCGGUGGAGUUUGCGGCACUCUUGGAUGACGUGGAAGAGUAUGUCACAGUGGUAGCUCACUGUGCAGAGCGUUGCCACCUCCUCGAGCGCUUGGCCGUGUCCUUCCGUGAGGUUUACGCGAAGCUUCCCAUCAUCACCACCUGUGAGUGUGCAGAGGAUGCUCUUGGAUGUGAGGAGCCUGUCGCUCGUGCUCAUGAACGCGUGUCGCAAAUGACCGUGGUCUCAGUGCCGUAUGACUUCGGCCUCUCUCGCGGGAAGACCCUGCUCAUCGAGAUGACUGACACCGAGUUUGUCCUCGUCCUGGAUGAUGACUUCACCCAUUCCAUGCACUCCUGUUUGGAAUGCAUGCUGUGGAAGAUGCGGAGCCGUCACUAUGCGCUUUGGAAGCCUUUCGACGUGCUUGGCUUCCCGGUACAGGAGGAUGAAAGGAUCUUUGGAGCCUUUCGGGGCAGGCUUCGAGUCACGAACCAGCAACUCUUCUUGGAACCCAUGGUCGAGGAGGUUCUCCCGGAUGGCUGCGUCCGGGUGGAGAUUUGCCCGAUGGUCUUCUUGGGUCGAACAGCUCGCAUGCGGCGUUUUCACUUCAACAAAGAGUUGCGUGUUGGUGAGCAUGAGCAGUUCUUCUACGCGAAUGCCUACAAUGGAAUCCAGGUCGCUGUGUGCUUUGACUCCUCGUUCCCGCACUUCCGUGUCAAUACGAUGAGUGCUGGCUAUGUAAAGCGGCGUGAAAGGAUGCCUGAGCUGAUGGCGAAUGCCUUUCAGAAGUUGGGCUUUGAGCGGGCCAUGUUCCUCUUCCGCAAGUACGACCAUGGUCGAAUGGCCGAUUACGAUGAACUUUUGGACAAGACGGUGCCGCCUUGGCACAUCGGCCAUGACAGCUGUGGACCCCCGACGACACCUCCGGUGCCCUUUGCACAAGUCUUCGUGGUGGUUCUCAGCAGCGCGGAUGAGCAGGGGAAGCGUUUCCGCAGUGUCUUGAGGAGUUCACAGGCUUGGCUGCCGAAGUUCCUCCACUUGGGCGGCGCCGGAUCAUUACGUUGGAGCUUCGCAGUGUAUCCCUCACAUGACGAGGGGGGCCUAUAUGUGAAUCUAGAUGAGGAGAACGACAAGCACAAGGAUAUGCUCAUCUUGCCACCCUCUGACAGGACCUCAAAAGAGAAGCCUUUGGUUGGCACCACAGACCAACUGCUGCAGGUCUUUGCUCUCUUGCGGGAUUUCCAGUUCCGCUUCCUGACCAUUUCAAGGCAGGACGUCUUCGUGAACUUUGAGCAUUUCAUGGAUCAGUUGCAGAUCAUGGAACCGCCAGCUGGAAAGGUCUUGGGUUCCUGGGCGUCGAUGGGCACUGCCUGGAGGUUGGAUGAUCACUUCUUCGUAUUGCCGCGUGACAUCUUCACCUUGAUCUCAGCACCAGAGGUGAUCUCACGCUUGGCAGUGACUGGGUAUCACCAGGUCUUUGGCGAUCUCUCCGUCUUGUCCGCAGGUGGGAGACCCUUGGGUGUUGAAGCGGCUGACGAGUGGGGCCAAGGGAUGUUGAUUCACUGGAACUUUGGUACUGUGAUGUGCUACGUAAUUGGCUUUAAGCCUGGAUGUCAACAGGAGCAGGGAGGCUCAGGAUAUGAUGACCUGCUUUGA